UGCCACAAAAGAACACAAUGUUUAUGUGAUAAAUAUGAAUGCAUGCUCUCAUUCUCAUUUGCAUUGUAAACUAGCCAUGAUGACAAGUACAAUAUUAACCACCACUAUCUUCAUUCUUCUCAUGUUAUGUAAUACAUGUGUAAUUGCAAGCGAAAGCGAAUGUCCUCCAACACACAAACAAAAAUCAUCUGACGUAGAAGCCAUGAAGAAGAGGUUUGAUGGUUGGGUGAAACGACAUGGUCGAAAAUACAAGCAUAAUGACGAAAGGGAAGUCCGUUUUGGCAUUUACCAAGCAAAUGUUCAAUACAUACAGUGCAAAAACGCGCAGAAAAACUCCUACAAUCUAACAGACAAUAAAUUUGCAGAUCUUACAAAUGAAGAGUUUCAAAGUACUUAUAUGGGUCUUAGUACUAGGUUGCGUUCACAUAAUACAGGAUUCAGGUAUGAUGAACACGGUGAUCUUCCAGAAAGCAAGGAUUGGAGGAAGGAGGGAGCAGUAACUGAAAUCAUGGAUCAAGGCCAAUGUGGAGGUUGUUGGGCAUUCGCUGCAGUGGCAGCUGUAGAAGGCAUCAACAAAAUAAAAUCAGGGAAAUUGAUCUCUCUGUCUGAACAAGAACUGAUAGAUUGUGAUGUUAAAAGUGGUAACCAAGGUUGUCAAGGUGGCUUAAUGGAGACAGCAUAUACAUUCAUUAUAGAAAAUGGUGGACUAACCACCGAACAAGACUAUCCUUAUGAAGGUGUAGAUGGUACCUGUAAGAUGGAAAAAGCCGCACAUUAUGCUGCGAGUAUAAGUGGAUAUGAAGAAGUUCCUGCUGAUAAUGAGGCUAAGCUUAAAGCUGCAGCUGCUCAUCAACCUGUGUCUGUUGCAAUUGAUGCAGGAGGUUAUUCAUUUCAGUUUUAUUCAGAAGGCGUUUUCUCUGGCAUUUGUGGAAAGCAACUCAAUCAUGGUGUAACCGUAGUUGGAUAUGGAAAAGAAACUAUUAAUAAGUAUUGGAUUGUGAAGAAUUCAUGGGGUGCUGACUGGGGUGAAUCUGGUUAUAUCAGGAUGAAGCGCGACACUUUGAGUAAAGAAGGUAUGUGUGGCAUUGCUAUGCAAGCCAGCUACCCUCUAGUGUAGUUUAGCUUAUUGACCUGCAAUGGUUGAAUAUCACCUCAACAAAUUUACUUAUAUUUAAUAAUUUCAAGACAAAUUCAAGUAUGAAACUGCAGCGAUUGGAAAAAAUUUAUAGUAUGCAAAAGGGAAACAUUUAGUUAGUGCCUUAAUGAUUUAUUA